UUUGCAGGUCAACCAACAUCUAGGAAUGGAGAUUUAUCCAGCAAAGGUUUGGUUGAAGCAUACAAAGUAGCAGCGAGCUCCCUGGUGGCCAAUGCUGAGCGCCGACUUCAGCGUCUGUGCGACUCGGGAAUGGCCUACCACCACGCCUGGAACAACUGCGCUGUCAUGCUCGUGAAAUGUGCCGAGGCGCACAUGAGGUACUACGUGUGUGAGAAAUACUUUGACAGCGUCGAAACUGUAGCCAUGAAGCCAGAACUCCGAGAGAUCAUGAGAAAUCUGAGUCGUUUGUAUCUGAUUUACCACAUCACUCUGCAACCCGGCGCUUUUCUGAAGAGCAGUGCCUUGACUGCAGAGGAGAUCAGUCAUCUGGAAGAGGAAAUGUGCAGCCUGUUGGCGUCCUUGAGACCACAGGCUGUUUCCAUUGUCGACUCAUUCGAUUUUGACGAUGACCAGUUGAAGUCGACCCUGGGCGCUUGGGAUGGAAAUGUUUAUCAAAGAAUCUAUGAUGAAGCCAUGAAGAGCCCACUGAACAAGAAGGACGUGCCCGAUGCGUUCCAUAAAUACCUGAGGCCGCUCAUGAAAUCUACCUUGAGAUCGAGCUUGUAAAAGUCAAGUCUCAUAAGUCUUUGUCUCUGUACCAAAUGUUGAUCAAGUGGAUGGGGUCCCUUUGUAAAUAUUUCUAUCGAGUUUCGGCAGAAUCCGUUUCCCUGUUAACAGGAUAUAUCUUGUUAAUAAUGUCAAACACGGAUGAAGACGUUCAUCCUCCCAACCUCGUUGGAGGAGGUAACGAAAGAUAGAAUAUUAUACAAAUUAAUACGUGGCUUCUAGCUUGUUUGUAACCCAACUUUGGCAGAGAACGUGAAAACAGUUAAAAAAAUUACAUAUAAUAAAAAUGUGUGUAUUAAGUCUUGUGUAGGCAUGAAAAUACGAGUAUAUAAAAAAAAAGAAAUUGAGAAUAGAUAUUUUACUAUAUGUACAUAUAUACACUGGAUAUUUUAGUAUAUGUACUAUAUACACCGGUUACAUACAAAAUCUACAGUAUAUUACAUGGUAAUGUCAAUAAUGUAAAUUUGUGAAUGUUUUAAAUACAUGUCUUACACAAA